ACGAAAUCGAUAUACAUUCAUUUCUUCUUCAAAAACAUGAAAGUCACACUACUAGUAAAACUACAAACUAAAAAACCAUACACAAGAAACACCAUUUUUCACACACACACACACCAAUAUCGAUUUCUUUAAAAUGCAAAAAAUCAUGAAAAUGGGGUUUCUUUCUUGGUAUUUGAGAAUGCUUGAAAUCCGGCCCGUCAUAACAAAGAGCAUUUCUGCUGGAUUGAUCUAUGGAGCUGCUGAUUUAACUACACAGAAUAUGAACAUGGGAGCGUCAUAUUCCUUAGAUUUGAUAAGAACAUUUCGCAUAGCAAUGUUCGGGCUGUUUUUUUUAGGGCCAGCCCAGCAUGCCUGGUUUAAUUUCUUGGGGAGGAUCCUACCAAAACGAGACAUGACUACAACCUUGAAGAAGCUAAUUGUGGGGCAGAUCUUUUACGGGCCUUCCUGCACCGCUGUUUUUUUCACUUAUAAUGCAUUUCUACAAGGUGAAAGCGGUAGCGAGAUCUCUUUACGGUUAAAGAGAGAUCUUUUGCCAACUUUGACUGGCGGUCUUAUGUAUUGGCCGGUCUGUGACUUCUUCACUUAUAAAAUCAUCCCUGUUCAUUUGCAGCCAUUAAUGAAUAGUUCGUUUUCAUUUAUGUGGACUAUAUACCUGACAUACAUGGCAAGUUUAGAAAAAGCAACUAUAAACUAAAAAAUCGUAGUGUUAUAUCGUCUUCUAUCAACCAUACGCUGUCUUCCUAACUCAUGGGAUUUCGUAUUGUUUGGAGGCGGGAGGCAGCAUAAAACGUCAAGGGUGCAGGUGGAUGGAAUUUCGAGAAAUACAUGACAAUAAAAACGGCAAAUAGUGGUUGAGAGUUAUUUACAGUGUAGCAGGCUCUUCAUAUUAUUGUAGAAUGGAAAUGUUUGUGAACUUGAUUACCAUACUAAUAAAAUAUAUAUUCUA